AUGGCGGAGAGACGGCGACCACCUGCUUCAAGCGAGUCGCAUGAAAAACUUAGCCAAACAACGCAUGGAAGCUCCUCAUCGACCCCAGACAGCCCCACACGGGUUCGUGGACCAUCACAGAAUAGAUUCAAGUUCAUUUUGAUUGCGAUAGCAACUGUUGGAAUUGUUCUUUUGCUUGUUUCUUUCUCGUUAAUCAACAUUGUUGAUCAUCCCGCAAAAAAGCAACAUGGCAACCCACGUGGGGAUGAUAUCAAUAAACCACAGGCUGUCAACUACCGAACUGGGCCCUCGGAGACACUUCGAGCCGAUGCUAAAGAACAGGACACAGAGUUGCCUGUGUUGUUGACAUUCACCAAUGUGAAAGAGAACCCAAGCCUUCGUUCUAAUUUAGAAUUGUGCGUUAAAUCCAUGCUUACCCACGCAUCGAGUGAUUUACAUUUGAUAUUUAUAAUACUUGGCGACGUAUACAGCCAAGAAAUUGCCGCUUCGAUCAUAAAAACUGCAGCUGAAACAGUCCCAAAUAAAGUCAAAUACGAGUUUGUUACUUUGGAUAUAGAUAGUCUGACUGGCCUCCUCCUUGACAUUAUCCAUGGCUUGCAGCAGUUUUUCAGCUCCAAACAAGACACCUACUACAGCCAGUCAUUGUUUUUCCUGUCAUUGGCCAUCCAUCGAAUCAUGCCGUCCACAUUGAAGAAACUCAUCAUGUUAGAUGUUGAUCUCAAAUUUGAAGCUGACAUUGCCCAGUUGUUUGGACAUUUUGAUCGUUUCACUGACACAAACAUAAUCGGAAUUGCCCGUGAGAUGCAGCCUGUUCAUCGACAUAUUUUCCACGCAUACCGUGAUGAGAACCCAGGCACUAGGGUUGGAGGCCCCCCUCCAGAUGGUCUCAAGCUGUUACCUUCUCUCUCACCUCUUACUUCUCUCUCUCUUCUCAUCUCCCCUUUCUCUCUCCCCCUUCGCUCUCUCUCUCCUUUCUCUCUCUCUCUCUCUCCCAUUUCUCUCUCACCUUGUCUCCCCCUUUCUCUCAUUGUCUCAUCUCUCUCUCCCCUUUUCCUCCCCUCUGUCACCCUCCCUCUCUCUCUAAACUUCUCUUUUGAUAGCUCUCUCAACUAA